AUGGCACAUUAUCUCUUAAAUAAUAACGCUAUUUAUGAUCUUAUUGAAUUCAUAUACGAUGAAGAUUGCCUCAAAAACAUUCGGCCAGAAACUCUUUCUCAAAAGGCAAUCGUCUGUCCCAAAAAUGAUACUGUUAAUGAAAUUAAUGAUUUGAUACUUCUCAGAGCUCCAGGAGAUAGCAAAGUCUACCUUAGCACUGAUUUAAUUACUCCCCAUAUUGGCUAUCAAUCAGAUACUGAAACUUUAUACCCACCAGAAUAUUUAAAUAUGCUAGACUUCAGUGGUCUCCCCGCUCACCGACUUGAGUUAAAAGUUCAUUCUCCUGUUAUUCUUUUAAGAAACAUCAAUCAAACAUUGGGCCUCUGUAAUGGUACUAGAUUAAUCGUUACACACUUAUUACCAAGGGUCAUCGAGGCACAAGUAAUAACCGGUAAAGCUAUUGGACAUCGUGUUUACAUACCCAGAAUCUCUUUAACAUAUACUGACAAGGAGCUCCCCUUCACUCUUAAAAGAAAACAGUUCCCAUUACGGCUUUGUUACGCAAUGACCAAUAACAAAAGCCAAGGUCAAUCUCUUAACAAGAUUGGAGUUUACUUACCACAACCUUUCUUUGGCCACGGUCAGCUAUAUGUUGCCUUUUCAUGA